AUGGAUUUGGACUUCAACUUUUCCAAGUUUGUGUUUAAUGAGAUGAAGAGCAACCUGGAGUGGAAAAAGAAGGAUGUGUUCCUGAUGUACCCAAGAUUUCUACAAAUGAUCAUCGAUGAUCAACAUCUUGAUUUGGAAAGGACGGUUGAAACUUUGGAUACACAGUCCUUGGGUCCAAAGUCUUUUGGUUUAACGAAACAAAAUCGAAAGGGUUCAAAGAUUGUAUUUAGGGGAACAAACCCUUUAGUGAAAUUCGGAAAAUUCGCUGAGAAUGAAGAGGCUUCAGUCUUUCAAAAUAUUCCAAAUGUUGAACCAGAGAAUGCUCCGGUUGCUGAAGCUGGAAGUAUUCAUGUUCCUGAACCUGAGGUUGUUUUUGAUGUCAUUCCUCGUGUGGCAACUAUGAUGGAGGAGCAUGUGCCUGUUCUUAAUGAUGAUGAUGAUGAUGAUGAUGAUGAUAGAGAAGGUGAUGAUGAAGAGGGUGAGGCAAGGUGUCUUAAUGAUGAGGAUUUCAUGUUUGAUUUUGAGCUUAGUGAUGAUCAACGUCGUUCGUUUCUCAAAUUCCAUAAAGUCGAUGAUGUUGUGAGCUCUCCAACAGAGACUAGGGGAGAUAUAAAUAUUUUCAAGCUGCUGCUACAAACACCCGCUCAUAUGGCUGAGAGGCCUAGUUUUUCUCAAGAAUCUUUUGAACCAGGUAGUUCUUCAGAUCCUAGUAGUUAUUCAGUUCCUCUAGCUGCACAUGAUGCCAUUUCUGAAAGGCAUGCCAGGUUUCUUGCUCGAGAAAAUGUUAAUCCUGCACCCAAUGGAAAAGGCAUAUCUACUGGUGCAUGGAUCUCCGAUGAUGAAUAUCAAACCAUUGUUGAGCUUAAAGAAUAA